CAAGUCUACAACGACAUUGAGGGUCCGUUGACGUUCUUCAGCUCAGCUAAUGGCAGAACCUUCCCUGGAUAUGGUGUCUUGAGUGUUGGUCUGGGAGUGAUCCAUUACACCCAGGAAAGUGUUCCAUCACAGUUCAAACCAAAUGAGUCAGAGAAGAGAAUGAUUCUGUUACUCCAUCGUGGGAUCGAGGCCAGGCAAGGGGAAGGUAGACCAGGUCAAUGUGUCUCUAAACUGACU